AUGGGUUCCUCUUUGCAUCUCUUUCUAUUCAUGCAUUUACUCUUCUUAUCACUCUCUUGCUUUCAUCUUAUAAUAAUAAUAGCGAACUCUUUGUCUGCUGAGCAGCCACUAUGCCAUGCAGACGAGAGCUCCGCCCUGUCGCAAUUCAACCAAACCUUUUCAAUUAACAAAUCUGCUUCUAGUGAUCCUUCUUCUCAUCCGAAGGUUGCAUCAUGGAAGCUCCGAGGAGAUGGUGGCAAUUGCUGCUCAUGGGAUGGCGUUGAAUGCGAUGAGGAUACAGGUCAUGUGAUUGGCCUUGACCUCAGCAGCAGUUUCCUCCACGGUUCUAUCAAUUCAAGCAGCAGCCUCUUCAGCCUAGUUCACCUUCAGCGACUUAACCUUGCUGAUAAUGACUUUGAUAACUCUCACAUUCCAUCAGAAAUUAGCCAUCUCUUAGAGCUAGUAAGUCUCAACCUUUCCUCCUCUGUAUUUUCCGGUCAAGUCCCUUUGGAAAUCUCAAAAUUGUCCAAAUUGGUUUCCAUUGAUCUUUCUUUCAAUGUAGACUCAGCAAAUUCAGGAGGACUGAAACUUGAAAAGCCUGGUCUGAGAAGCCUACUUCAAAACUUGACUAACCUCAAAGUGCUUCGUCUCAAUGACGUGAGCAUAUCUUCUGAAGUACCUGAUACAUUGGCCAACUUAACUUCCUUGGCAAUUCUCGAUCUUGAAAAUUGUGGGUUGCAUGGCGAGUUUCCAAUAAGCAUAUUUUAUCUACCAAACCUUCAAGUUCUUGAUGUAAGUUUCAAUGGAUAUCUCACUGGCCAUUUGCCUGAAUUUCAUCCAAGUAGCCCCCUUCAGCAUUUGAUGCUUUCUGACACUAGCUUUUCGGGGAAGCUAUCGGAUUCGAUUGGAAAUCUUAAUUUCUUGAAUCAAUUAGAUUUCUCUGGCUGCUAUUUCUCAGGGUCCCUUCCAGCAUCUCUCGGUAAUUUGACCCAACUCAAUUACGUGUCGCUUUCUUCCAACAAAUUUAAUGUAGGGACCCUACAAUUGUUUAGUAAGCUAACGAAACUCAUUGAAUUGUUCCUUAGAGACAUUAAUCUAUAUGGUUCGGUAUCAGUUCUUUCAAACCUAACUCAACUUAUUUCUUUAGACCUGUCCUCCAAUCACUUAAGUGGUGAAAUAACUCAUUUAACGAACCUAACCCAUCUAAUUAUGCUAGAUCUUUCAAUUAAUCAAUUGCGAAGCCCAACCCCAUGGUCAUUCUCUAAGCUAAAGAAUCUUCAAAUUCUAUAUCUUUCCUUCAAUAACCUCCGCGGCUUGGACCUUGAAAUUUUUCUGAUGCUCAAACAUCUUACUUUGCUCGAUUUGUCUGGUAACAAAUUAACAGUUCCAACCAAAAGAACUUCAAAUAACACUCUUAACAAAUUAAAUGUGUUAGAGUUGAAUUCGUGCAACUUGAUGGAAUUCCCAAAUUUCUUGCGCUUCCAAGACAAACUUUAUGUUCUAUCUCUUGCUGAAAACAAAAUUCAUGGCGAAAUUCCGGCAUGGAUGUUGAACACAAGUGUAGAAACUCUAGCGUGGAUACGUCUUCGGAAUAACUUUCUAACCGGCUUUGAGCAAUAUCCAGAUAUCCUUCCAUGGGAUAAUUUAGUCGAAUUAGAACUUUCUUAUAACAGGCUACAAGGACGACUGCCAAUUCCACCAUUAUCCACCUCCUUUUAUAGUGUCUCAUACAACAGAUUGACAGGGGAACUUCCACCAUUGAUCUGUCGAUUGAGUUCUCUUUAUGUUCUUAAUUUGUCUAAUAACAACUUGACUGGAACUAUUCUUCCAUGUUUGAGUAACUUUAGUGAUUCUUUGAAAGUUCUAAAUCUCAAAGGCAACAACUUUCAGGGUCCCAUUCCUCACUCAUACAAUAGAGGAAACAAAUUAAAGAUGAUUGACUAUAGUGGUAAUCAAUUACAGGGGAAGGUGCCAGGAUCAUUGGCAAGUUGUACUGAACUUGAGAUUCUUGAUCUCUCAAAUAAUCUGAUUGACGAUAGAUUUCCCUUAUGGUUAGGAGAUCUUACAAAGUUACAGGUUCUCAUCUUGCGAUCCAACAAAUUCUAUGGUGCAAUAGGGAAUCCGAAAAUUAAGUUGGAUUUACCAAAUUUGCACAUCAUUGACCUCUCUCAUAAUGGUUUUACAGGCGUUUUGCCAUCAAAAUACUUUCAAAAUUGGAAUGCAAUGAAAUUUUUUGAUGUCGACAAGAUGAAAUAUAUGGACACAAUCAUUGAUGUUGGUGGGAACAAUGGCUUCCAAUGGAGAUAUGAUUAUUUGUACACAAUGAACAUUACAAACAAAGGUGUAAAUACAGAAUAUCAGAAGAUCCAGAAUAUCUUCACUGCCAUUGAUCUCUCAAGCAACAAAUUUGAAGGGGUGAUUUCAGAAUUUAUUGGAAACCUUAAGGGGCUUCAAGUGCUCAACCUUUCCAACAAUGACCUUAAUGGUGGAAUCCCAUCAUGCCUGGGGAACCUAAAAAACCUUGAAUCUUUGGACCUUUCUCAAAACAAGCUCUCGGGAGAAAUCCCUCAGCAACUAGUGCUUCUCACUUUCCUUGAAUUUUUGAAUGUCUCAAAUAACCAUCUCACUGGACCUAUUCCACAUGGGAAGCAAUUCAACACAUUCGAGAACAAUUCCUACGAGGGGAAUUCAGGAUUGUGCGGAGACCCUUUAUCAAGGAAAUGUGAAAAGUCAGAGGCACCACCACCAUCGAACUCGGAACAAGAUAAUGAUUCAGCAUUCCCAUGUAAAGUUGAUUGGAUUUUCAUAUGCACGGGAUAUGUGAGUGGGAUGGUAGUCGGGAUGGUUAUUGGGCACACAAUAACCACAAGGUAUCACGAAUGGUUCAUUGAGAAUUUUGGAAGGAAAUAG